CGUAAUAUCAAUUUUUUUGGAAAAUAUCGAGAUCGGUUUGGUACUUGGUGACCUCACCAGUUAGUAGUAUUUAUUUCUCACCCCAACUUAGUCCGGAGUAUUUAUUUAGAUGGUCAAAGUGGGAUUGUGGGUAGGGGAGAAUCGGGUGAUAGUAGUGUGAUACCCUGAGACUGAAGAGAUGGCGUCGGUGGUGAAGAAUGCAUUGAAGGCGUUGCGGGAAAAGGGCGUCGGAAACUUUAUCAGGGAGCUCAGAGAAGAAGGCUACACGAAGUGCUUCUUUGAUGGAAAUCUCCUACAAACCAAGCUUCACAACAUAGGGGCAACACUUGUCGGUGUUGAUAAGUUUGGUAACAAAUACUAUCAGAAGCUUGGAGACACUCAAUGUGGAAGACAUAGGUGGGUGGAAUAUGCACAAAAGGGUCGCUACAAUGCUUCACAAGUUCCACCAGAAUGGCAUGGCUGGCUCCAUUUUAUCACUGACCACACUGGAGAUGAGCUGCUAUUGCUGAAACCAAAACGGUAUGGGGUUGAGCACAAAGAGAACUUUUCUGGAGAGGGCGAUGAGUAUAUAUAUCAUUCCAAAGGGCACUCCCUAAACCGGGGGCAAAGAGACUGGACAAGAUACCAGCCCUGGCAGCCCACUAAGCCAUAAUUUUCCUUUCUGCGCCAAAGCACGGUCGCAAAAGAAGCUGGAAAUAUGUGCAACUCUGUUUUUUCAUUAAUAACAAAGCUCAUUGCUUUUGUGAAUUGUUGAAUUUGGUGCUAUUGGAAUUAUUAUCUGCGUACAUCUUGACCACAACGGAGUUGGAAUUAUGUUGGGUUUGUUGUUGUUGUUGUUGUUGUUGUUGUAUCCCUAAUCAAGAUAAUCUUGGAUU